AUGGAUUACGAAGCUCUGAAAGAUCAAUGGAGUGAUGUUGAGGAUCGUGAUGGCCUCAGACUGAGCUGGAACACUUUCCCAAGCUCUCGCAUGGAAGCAUCUCGGCUGGUCGUCCCUAUCGGUGCGAUCUACACACCAUUGAAGGAGAAGCCAGAUACUCCAAUCCUCCAAUAUGAGCCCGUGACCUGCAAGCAACCCUGUCGGGCCGUGCUUAAUCCCUUCGCCACUGUCGACAUCCGUGCGAGAGUAUGGAUUUGCCCCUUCUGUUUGAUGCGCAAUCCUCUGCCGCCUCACUACAAGGACAUCACCGAGCAAACGAUACCCCCCGAGCUUCACCCCACGAGCACCACCAUCGAGUACCAAUUGGCCCGCCCUGCUCCAGCUCCUCCGAUCUUCCUCUUCGUCGUCGACACCUGCCAGGAGGAGGACAGUCUGCAAGCAGUUCGGGACUCACUUGUCAUGAGCUUGUCUCUGCUGCCUCCGAAUGCGCUCGUGGGUCUCAUUACGUAUGGAACGAUGACGCAAGUCCAUGAGCUUGGCUACGCCGAAUGCGCCAAGUCCUAUGUCUUCCGAGGUAACAAGGAUUACAAUGCCAAGCAAGUGCAAGAGAUGCUUGGUCUCCAAGCAGAAUUCCAGAUCACCAACGUUCUGGAGCAGAUGCAGCGCGACCCAUGGCCCGUGGCUAAUGACAAGCGUCCCCUUCGCUGCACUGGUGUUGCGCUGAGUGUUGCUGUUGGCUUGCUCGAGGCCUCUUUCCAGAAUGCAGGUGGUCGUAUUAUGGCUUUCCUCAGUGGUGCCGCUACCGAGGGCCCAGGUCAUGUGGUUUCACCGGAACUCAAAGAGCCCAUUCGUUCUCACCACGACAUUGAUCGCGACAACAUCAAGUACUACAAAAAGGCUGUCAAGUUCUACGAUGCGCUCGCCAAGCGGGCUGCCAACAAUGGUCACAUUGUCGACAUCUUCGCCGGCUGCUUGGACCAAGUUGGUCUUCUGGAGAUGAAGAACCUCGUUAAUUACACCGGUGGACACAUGCUUCUUACUGAUAGCUUCACCGCAUCCCAGUUCAAGCAGUCAUUCAUUCGUGUCUUUGAUAAGGAUGCGAAUGAUAACCUUCUCAUGGGCUUCAAUGCAUCUCUCGAAGUAUUGACUACCAAGGAACUUAAGGUCACUGGUCUCAUUGGACACGCCAUCUCUCUCAAUAAGAAAUCAAGCUCCGUUGGCGAGACCGAGUGCGGCAUUGGAAACACUUGCGCGUGGAAGAUGUGUGGUAUUGAUCCAUCGUCAAGCUACGGAGUCUACUUCGAAAUUGCCAAUCAAGGUGGCCCCGCGGCUGUACAGGCUGGUCCUCAACGUGGUAUGAUGCAGUUCCUCACAUACUACCAACACUCUUCAGGGCAUUACCACCUGCGUGUGACGACAGUCGCACGGCCUCUAAGUGGUCCGGCUGGCGAUCCAACUCUUGCCCAGUCCUUUGAUCAGGAAGCUGCCGCCGUCUUGAUGGCCCGUAUUGCCGUCUUCAAGGCGGAAGUUGACGAUGGGCCCGAUGUGCUUCGAUGGGUAGACCGCAUGCUGAUCCGACUUUGCUCACGGUUCGCGGACUAUCGCAAAGAUGAUCCUACAUCUUUCCGCUUGGAAAAGAACUUCACCUUGUAUCCACAGUUCAUGUUCCACUUGCGACGAAGCCAGUUCCUCCAAGUUUUCAACAACUCUCCUGAUGAGACUGCCUUCUACCGUCAUGUCUUGAACCACGAAGAUGCUGGGGACUCGCUGGUUAUGAUCCAGCCCACCCUAGACUCGUACUCCCUGGAGGUGGAGGGCAGCCAACCCGUUCUUUUGGAUUCCGCUUCCAUCCAGCCAGCGCAUAUUCUUCUUCUCGACACUUUCUUCCAUAUUCUCAUCUUCCACGGUGAGACCAUUGCCGAGUGGCGCAAGGCGGGUUACCAGGACCAAGAGGGCUACGAGAACCUCAAGGCCCUCUUGGAACAGCCUAAAGAGGAUGCUAGGGAACUCAUCGCCGACCGUUUCCCCCUGCCUCGUUUCAUUGUCUGUGAUGCUGGUGGAUCCCAAGCUCGUUUCCUCCUGUCCAAGCUCAAUCCGUCAACCACGCACACCUCUGGGGGCUAUGGAGGCGGUGUUUCGUCGCAGACCAUCUUCACUGAUGAUGUCUCACUGCAGACAUUUAUGGAUCACCUCAUGAAGCUUGCGGUUUCUGGCACGAGCUAG